UUCGUAAUGGACCCUCGUUAUAACAACUGGCCACCGUCGCAGGCCCCAUCGGCGCAUCCCAAUGGCGGCCAGUAUGCACCUCUACCGGCACCCGCGCCACCACAGCAACAUGCCUACCAGCAGCAGCAGCAACAGAUGGGCUACGGGAUGCAGUUUCCUCAACAACAUCCCCAGGCACUCCACAUGUUUCCCCAAUCACAACCUACCCCAAAUGGACCGCGGACGGCAGUCCCGCCAAGCGCAAGCCAGCCAUACCCCCCAUCUGUGCAGCAAACACCCGCUCCGCGCGUGUCGCAUCCACAGGUCGUGAUACCGCCGUCGCCCAGAAAUACGAAUCCUCUGCCUCAGAUGCAAGCUCCUCGUAUACGCCAAGUUCAGGUUCAGGUCCCCAAGUCCGCACAGAGGGCAGGCGGUUCAAGCAGUGUUGGUAACAUGGGGAGAGACAUGACCCACGGGUACGCACGACCGCCGCAAGGCCAGCCGUCACAGACACCUGUCGCGAAGACUGCUCAGAGAUCACAAUCUUUCCAGGAAAACCCGCGAUCGCAAAAUCGCCCGCAAGGCACGCCAUCGCAAAACCACAAUCAGCACAGAGCUCCUCUUCAACCACAGGGAACCCCUUCCUCCAAUGCUCAUGCUCACACCCCCACAUCUUCGAACCAGCACCGGAGCCCUUCCGCUCAAUCCCUCACGAUAAAGCGUUCCCAACCGCAGGUCGUCAUCAAAAGGCCUUCGUCACAAUUGCAAACCCCUACACGCCCUCAGCAUGUCCCUUCGAAACCGCUUCCAGAUGAUCUUGUGGUCAUGAUUCUAUCGGCUGCAGAUGAGUACAUUGCUGCCGCUCGGAGCCUAGGUUCUUUGGCAGCCAUGGCAAUGAACAAAGCCGAUUUGGACCAGUACUACAAGCUCAUGUCCACUGCCCUGGGAUGUAUGGACGCGGUGCUCAAGAAGUACAGCCAGGCGCCACGCGAUGAGGCACUGUUGAGACUUCGAUAUGCCAGUCUAUUGGUCGAAGAAACAGAUAAUAACCAAGAGAUUGAAGAGACGUUGGCCAAGGGGAUUGCACUUUGUAGUCGGAAUCAUUUCCACGACCUGAAGUAUGCCAUGACCCAUCUACAGGCUCGCUAUCACUUCAAAAGCAGUCCUCGAGCAGCGUUGAAACUUCUGGAUCAGCCCAUUCAAGAAACGGAAACGUUUCGACAUAUCGUAUGGGUGUAUGCAUUCCGAUUCUUGAAAGUUACCCUCGCUCUCCAGGUGCCUGGACGUCCAGAAAUUGCUUCUGCGCUGUCACAGCUUCGUAUCAUUGCCGAUCACGCUGAGAGAAGGGGAGAUAGAGCCAUAUAUGUCACCUGCUGUACAUUGGAGGCAAUGGUGCAUCUACGCGGCACUGCUCAUGAUAGAUUCGAACAUGCACAGCGCGCGAUCGCUUCGGCCCGCAGCCUCCAGUUGCAGCUAUCUGCGAAACAAUUGGGCCAAAUCGACGUAUUGAUUGACUGCAUUGAUGUAGCGUGUAUGCUUCAACAAGGCCAGUCGAAUUUCGAAAAGUUAAACGCUUUGCAAGCCAAAGUUGACCAGGACCUUGGCCCAGUUCAGGGAGUAUUCUCGGUACUAAUUGAAAAAAGCAUUGGUGGCAAUCUGACUUUUGACACUGGUGGAGUCUUCACCAAAGCGGGGGACGGUCGCGAUGAAUUAGUAUUCGCCUGGCUUCCGCAACCCUACUUGAAGACUCUUGUGUACAAUCUCAGCGGUCUGGCAAGUUUGCCCCAUGACAGAGGUAACAGCUAUCUGCAGGAGGGGCAUACGUUGACAAACGCAAUUCUCCAAAGGCCUCCAUCCUUCGGUAUCUCAAUUCCUGCUGCUUUGAAACAGAGAGACUGGGUUAAGAUCCUGGAUUGGCACAUCAAAUUCGCCAUUGGCAUUGUCGCGUGUUACCAUGAGGACAGGUCGACCGCAAAGAGCGCCGUGACCAUGCUGCAAGAACGAUCCUCUCAGCCCCCAUUUCAAGGUCUAGAGCCGUAUGCUUGUGCAUUGAGUUAUCUGUCUGCGGUGCUCGAUCAGUGCAACGGCUCGGUGGAAUCAGCGCUUGCUAUCUAUUCCGGUGCGGAGUUCGAUCUUCCAGAUUCCAAGUCUACCGCCGAUUUUAAAACGGAUAUUGUCAUACUCGCUAUGUGUAAUCGCCUGCUGAUCAUCAGUAACCCAUCGCACCCUGAACACUACCAGAUUCAGUUGCUAUUCGCACAACUCCAAUCGCUUUGCACCAACCACCCAAACCUUCACAUAGAGUGUGCAUUCCAGAUCAUCCGCGCCGUCAUUAUCCCGGAGCCGUCGAUCAAUCGUCGGAAGACAUUAAUCCAGACUGCCACGCAAAGAGGGCAAAAACUGAUGAAUUACCAGUUCAUGUCCAUGUGCCUCAAUUACAUGGCCAGCAGGUUUUUCGCCGAUCAGGUCGGCAAGCAACCUCUGGGUGCGGCCCGCGCAGCGCGUAGUAUCAGCAAGCAAGGUCGGAGCGUGCUGUGGAAGGCUGUUUCUUACGGUAUUUGUACGCAUACAUUUCAAGUCAACGGUCUGCUCGAAGACGCGCAAAAUUGCCAGCUCGAGUUCAAUAAAAUUCGCCAUCAAUUGCCUCCAGCUUUGAGAGGUGAAGAUUCGGAUCUAGACGCAGAGGGUGAUGUCGACAUGGAAUAA